GUUUAGAAUAAGUGCGCCUCUAGAUCAUUGAUGGCUGGCUGCUACGCUUUAUGUUUUCGAAACUAAAACAACUUAGGACGGAUACAAAGCCAGUAAGCCGUUCAUAACUAAUUCUUUCGGCUUCAAAAUUUGAUUUCAGCCAACUGUAUUAUCUCACUUUCUGACUUCCAAAAAUUUGAAAAUAAAAGUUUGGUGUUGACUGACACCCUCUUAAUUAUUUCGCUGAAGAUUAGAGGCAAUGUGUAUUGAAUAUUCAACAGCUUUUUAAUUCGCUAAAGGGUCCACGUUUCGUAAGCACAAAAUUUAGACAACACCGUUACGGUCGAGUUUAACAUGAUGAAGUUUGUUAAGCCGAAAGAAGAUAAUUACAGUUUCCAUGAUGUAAUGGAUGGAUUGAAGCACCUCUAUGACAAACGCCUGAAACCUCUCGAGGUCACUUAUCUGUUUCCACAGUUCCAUUCCCCAACUAUUGAUACUGGAGAGUUUAGUUCUAAACCAAUGCUUCUUCUCUUGGGACAGUAUUCGACAGGAAAAACUACUUUCAUAAAAUAUCUUUUGGGAUCUUCAUUCCCCGGAAUGCACAUUGGCCCCGAACCCACAACUGACCGAUUCAGCGUCGUAAUGAGUGGUGAUGAAGGCAUUAUACCUGGAAACGCUCUUGUUGUCGAUGCGCAGAAACCUUUCCGUCCUUUAUCGAAAUUCGGAAAUAAUUUUCUAAACCGUUUUCAGUGCUGUCAGCUUCAAAACUCAGUUCUAGACAGUAUAAUUAUUAUUGACACUCCUGGAAUACUGAGUGGUGAAAAACAAAGGUUGGAUCGUGGUUAUGACUUCACAGCUGUUGUUCAGUGGUUUGCAGAGCAUGUUGACAGAAUUAUUCUCCUGUUCGAUGCUCACAAGCUUGACAUAUCAGAUGAGUUUCGGAGAGUUAUAGAGUCGAUUAGGGGUUUCGACGACAAAAUUCGUAUUGUGCUGAAUAAGGCUGAUAUGAUUGAUCCUCAGCAAUUAAUGCGUGUAUAUGGAGCGUUAAUGUGGGGUCUGGGUAAAGUGUUGGGAACUCCAGAGGUGGUGAGAGUGUUUAUCGGCUCAUUUUGGGACCAACCACUGCAAUGUGACGCCAACCGUCGCUUGUUUGAGUUAGAAUCUCAGGAUCUUUUCAAAGACCUUCGAAGUUUACCAUCUAAUGCAGCGAUGAGAAAACUAAAUGAUAUAAUUAGACGAGCAAGGCUAGCCAAGGUACAUGCCUACAUAAUUGGCUAUCUCAAAAAGGAAAUGCCUUCACUUGUAGGCAAAAACAAAAAGAAACAAGAACUUAUCAAAAACCUUCAACAGAUUUACGAUUCUAUUUCACGUUUGCAUCAUAUUUCACCCGGUGAUUUUCCGAAUAUUACUCAUAUGCAAAGUUUACUAAGCGAACAUGACUUUUCAUCUUUCCCAGCCCUAAAGGAAAGGCUAGUUGAAAAUGUUGAUGUAAUGCUGAGUCAGGAAAUUCCUAAAUUAAUGCAGAUGCUGCCCAACGAACAAUCUGAAAGUGCUCAACAGGGCAAAAAUUCAGUUAAAGGUGGAGCAUUCGAUGGUGGUAUAGGUGACAGCCCAUUCACGUUAGAAGCUGAUCUGGAUAUUAAUCGUGGACGUUAUGAUACUCAAUGGGUUGCUGAAAAAUAUCGAGAAAAAUGGGCUAAAGAAUUCGAAGAUUUUAAACCAGUUGAUGGUCGUCUUGCCGGUGGAGCAUUAAAAGCUCAUUUGUUACAAUCACGGUUACCCAAUUUCACAUUACAUCGUAUAUGGAAACUUUCAGAUAUAGAUAUGGAUGGUCAUUUAGAUGUUGAUGAGUUUGUACUUGCUAAGUACUUGAUAGAUUUAGCCUCAAAAGGUAAUGAGAUACCAGAUCGUUUACCGGAGCAUUUAAUUCCACCUAGUAAACGAAAUCUGAAUGCACCAUCUACAAACGGUGAAAUUGAAUGUCCUCAACCAAAAUAUUAAAGUGUAUGGUGACUACUGUGCAUCGUUAGUGAUAUUUUAGUAAAUGAAAUUUCAUCUGGCGUGCAUUAAAAAAGAAAAGUCAGCAUUGAAUUGAAUCACAAAUCACAAGUGUACAGGUCCUGUUCCAUCCAUCCACAUUCCUAUUUUUAACAGAGUAAAGAUACUUUCUAUAAAUAAUAAUAAUGUAAUAAUGUGUAUACAUUUAGAAAACAAAUUCUACGUCUGUGAUAUCACUCUUAUCGGUUCGAAUACACACUCAAGCACUCAAUGCUUUGAUUUUCCCCUGCACAAACUGUGGUCAAUUAAACUCACGGAUUCGUUCGUGUAUUUAGUGAAUUGUUUUCAAGUGAAAAUAGUAUGUACACAACUGCCGAGCAAUCGAAAUUCCCCCGUUUCAGUCUAUUAGAUGACAAUUGUAGUUAAUGGACUUAUUUAUGAUGAAAUAACACCAGCCCGAUUUUGUGCCUAUUAUUGUUAUUAUUAUUAUUUCAUUAUAUAUAUAUUUUUUAAAUCUUUGUAUUUGACUUUCGUGCUCUGUUUCGAGUGGAAUAUACAGCUCCACACUUGAGCCUUGAAGUUGUAGUAGCAGUGGCGUCGUUUCUACUGGGUGGGGGUUGCCAGCCUCGUGCCAAACCUUUCUUCUUUUCCGAGUUCAUUGCCGCUUAAGUGAGGUUCAGCCGGGAAUCGAACCCGGACCUAUGCACUGCCAUAUAACUAAUAGAUGACAGAAAAUAGCUAAUUUUAUGCUAAUACAUAAUUAAAAUCCACUAACUACAUUGUUCCGGUCUUAUGAUUGACUGAAAUUAACUUUGUAAGAUAUUGGAAGUAACAUACAAAGUAUUAAAGCCUUUGAUAAUUAUAACUGACACUACUUAUGUCAGCGAAUGAAAUGUACAAUAAUAAUUAUUUAUCGUGUGUAAUUUCCUUUUUGUCUAGAAAUGCUAAUGUUAAGAGUUUUGAUAUAAUAAACACUGAGAUUAACUGAAAAUAUUAUGAGGAUUACAUGGGUGUAGUCGAAUUAAGUUGUAAACAAUUUGUCUGACCAAACCAAAACGUAAUAAUUUAACUUCAACCUUGUCAACUGACCAAUUCGGUAUUAUAUAGGUUUAUUGGCAAAGUUAAACUUUCAUAGCCAAAGUCGCAAUGACCUUGAACAACCAAUCAGAAUUCAGACACAAGAAAGUCACAUAAUCGUUGAAAAAUGCACCAGAAAACAUUGCAAACAUGAUAUAAAACACCAUAUAAUUGUGGUGUAUGAGUUGUAAGCAUGUCUCUCAGUUACUACACAGAUGAUCUAUAGAGAAAUCACCC